AUGGAUCAGAGGAAUUUCAGCGCAGUGGAAGCAUUUGGGGGCAUCCAGGAGAGAAUGGUGGCUCUGUGGGCGUAUCAGGAGAAUUCGGAGGGAGUUCUGAGGGCACCAGGACGUGCGAAGCCUCCCUCAAUCAGACCACAAAUACAGGAGUGGAUCAGCUGUCCUGGUGAUCUUGAAGGAGUUGAUUGUCCAAAUGGAGGGUGGUGCUUGGAUGUUGUUCUAGAUGGGAGAAGAUUUGGCAAUAAGAAGGGGAAGGAAAGAAAACCUAGUUCCACUCCUUAUCUGCUGUCUCCUCAGAAUCCAGACGUUCUGAGCUUGGGGCUCCCUGGCCUGGACACCAACCAAGUCCCCAACUGGCCUGGGCUUCGGACUCUGCUGCAGCAGCUCCCUCCACAGGACAUCGAUGAGCGAUACUGCCUGGCCCUUGGGGAGGAGGAGCUGGCUGAGCUGCGGCUCUUCUGUGCCCAGCGGAGGCGAGAAGCCCUGGGACAGGGGGCGGUGCGCCUGGUACCUCCCAGGCUUGAAGAAUGCACCUGUGAGAAGUGCAGGGACUGGCUGAGGCCAGGGGAAUACGGAGUAUUUGCAGCCCGGGCAGGAGAGCAGCGUUGCUGGCACCGGGCUUGCUUUGCCUGUCAGGCCUGUGGCCAGGCCUUGAUAAACCUCAUCUACUUCUACCACAAUGGACAUCUCUACUGUGGCCGUCAUCACGCUGAGCUGCUGAGGCCGCGCUGCCCUGCUUGUGACCAGCUGAUCUUCUCCCCGCGCUGUACCGAGGCUGAAGGACAGCGCUGGCACGAGAACCACUUCUGCUGCCAGGACUGUGCCGGCCCCUUAGGCGGGGGACGUUAUGCCCUGCCCGGGGGCGGCCCCUGCUGCCCUACCUGCUUUGAGAGUCGCUAUUCGGAUGUCGGCUCGAGCCUCGCCUCGACACUGGAAGGGAGAGUGUCCCUUGCAGCGCCCCCGCCCCCCAACCGCAUACCCCAGACCCGAGCCUCGGGGCCCGCAGCUCUCACCGCGCGUCCCUGGCCAGAGCGCUCCAAAGGCCUCCCGAACCCACCCCGCGUCGCGGUUGAGGAUGCGGCAGGACUCGCUCCUGGACUGGGGACGCGGCCGCCCUCUGCAGGGGAAGCGAGGCUUGACAGAGUUGAAGGAGGGGAUCGCGCCUCACUGCACGCCACCACUAUCUCCGGAGCAGCCCUUCUUGUCGCUGCCGCCAGCUCCAGUCGAGAAGCCCAGAGGGGGUUGCAUGGAUCCAGCCCGGAGCAGGAUUGCCGAGCUGGGGACAACGCUGAGGCACCCAAAGGGCCGGAGCAGAGCCCCCUGGAGACGCCCCUUGAUCCGACGGAGGACGCCCCCUGCCCCACAUGCUCCUCUUCCUCUGACUCAGAACCCGAAGGCUUUUUCUUGGGCCAGCGCCUUCCCCGGCCCUGCAAGACCCCCGGAAGCCCCCAAGCUGGGGCCAGCGAAACCUCCAAGAAGCACUGCAUCAUUUGCUAGUGGCGCGGCCCCGAGAAGGGGGAGUCGGGGGGAGGGAUGAUGUGUAAGGCGGGAGGGAGAGCAAGGCUCUCCUCCCUCUAUAAAAAUACUGGACUGAAGGAAAUCAGAAGCACGCCAGGAAGAGGCGGCGAGGUGACAAACUUGAGUACUCCCUGUUCAGCGCGCGCAUUCUGUGACUUUUGAUGGAUACUUUCUUGGGGAACUCCAUUCCCCAAAGCAACUCAUCCCCUGCUGAGCUAGCCAUAGGCUGGGACAGCCGCAUCCCUAGCAUCCUUUCUCUUGAGCCAAUGAAGUGAUCACCCAGAGACCUCGCGUGACAGUGACCGGCUUGGCGAAAC